AUGGCAAAACACCCACAUUCGAUAUCCCGAAGAGAUAGGCGGAGAUUUCAUAAAAAGCAUUUCGAGAAGUUAAAAGAACUUCAAGAAGAAGCUGAGAGCUUUGAUCCUAAAGAUCAUCCUAACUUAUCAAAGUUUUCGGAUCUCCCACUUACAGAGGAAAUGCAAAAGGGCCUACAAGAGUCUGGGUUUAUAGAUAUUACAGAUAUUCAGCGCGAGGCUAUUCCAAUAUGUUUAAAAGGUCAAGAUAUUCUAGGUGCAGCCAAAACUGGAUCCGGGAAAACUUUGGCAUUUCUUGUUCCAAUAUUAGAGAGAUUGACUUACGACAAAUGGGACGAAAUGGAUGGAGUGGGAGCUCUUAUUAUAUCACCUACGAGGGAGUUGGCUGUUCAAACAUACGAGGUUUUGCUAAAAAUUGGUAAAUACUGUUCGCUAUCGGCAGGUUUGGUCAUUGGAGGAAAAGACUACAAGUUCGAGCGGGAAAGAAUUGGAAGAAUUAAUAUAUUGGUUGGAACACCGGGUAGAAUUUUACAGCAUAUGGAUGAAUCUGCCUCUUUAAAGUUGGAUAAUUUGCAUAUGCUUGUUUUUGAUGAAGCAGAUAGAAUUCUUGAUAUGGGUUUCAAGAAGACCAUUGAUAGCAUAUUGAGCGAGCUUCCUCCAGAAAGACAGACAAUGUUGUUUUCUGCUACACAAACAAAAUCAGUUAAAGACCUAGCCAGACUCUCUCUCGUGAAUCCGAAGUACAUAUCAACUUCUGCGGAUAAUGAGUCUCUUACUCCCGAAAGUCUUGAUCAGUAUUAUGUGUCCACUGAAUUGUACGAAAAAGUCGAUCUGUUGUGGAGCUUUAUUAAGUCACACCUAAAGUCUAAAAUUUUAGUGUUUUUCUCAUCAUCAAAACAAGUUCAUUUUACAUACGAAUCCUUCAGAAAGUUAAGACCGGGUAUUCAGCUCCUUAAACUUCAUGGACGACAAAAAGAGAAGGCUAGGCUUGAAACUACUACGGCAUUCACGCAUGCAAGUCACUGUUGUCUUUUCGCUACUGACGUUGUAGCCAGAGGUUUGGAUUUCCCUGCAGUUGAUUGGGUUAUUCAAGUUGACUGUCCGGAAGAUGCAGCUACAUAUGUUCAUAGAGUGGGAAGGUCUGCCCGUUUUGGUCGCUCAGGAAAAUCUAUGUUGAUGUUGCUUCCAAGUGAAGAAAAGCCGUAUCUUCAGAGACUUUCCACCAAGCGGAUCGAAGUUAUGAAGCUAAAAGUUAAAGGUUCCAAGAAGAAAAGCAUAAGGAGUCAAUUACAGUCUCUAUGCUUUGAAAGUCCCGAAUUGAAGUACCUUGGCCAGAAGGCAUUCGUUUCGUAUUGUAAAUCUAUCUUCGUUCAAAAAGAUAAGGAUGUUUUUGAUCUUACAAAGCUGCCAUUGCAGAAGUUUGCGGCCUCUUUAGGUCUUCCGGGUACACCAAACGUGAAGUUCUUGAAGCGGGCCCAAGAGGGAAAGGUUUUAUCAGAAUCAGAAUUAUUAAAAAUGAAGAAGAAGAAGAAUGCUUCCCGUAAGCUAAGACUGUUGGCAACGGCUGACGAGAAUGGCGAUAUUAAAGAUGAUAAGAAAAGUAGGACCAAGUACGACAAAAUGUUCGAAAGGAAAAACCAAAGUGUGCUCUCUGAGCAUUAUUUACAGAUGACUGAAGACACUGCCGGUAAAAAGGAUGGAAAUGAUGAUGAUGAGUUCCUUACGGUCAGAAGAAAGAUGUCAGAGGUGGACGAUGAAGAGCUUCCUAUGUUGGAAUAUAAUGCAACUUCGAAGCGAGCAAUAAAGAGAGCUACAUCAAAGAAGCUUAGCGCUAAGUUGAAGGGUAAGGGGUCCAAAAUGGUUUUUGAUGACAGUGGAAAUGCCCAUCCAGUUUAUGAGCUUCAGAAUAUGAAAGAUGUGGAAAAAGAAGGACCAGUUGACCAGUUGAAGGAGAAGUUCUUGAAGGAGGAGCGGAACAAGUUAGAGACUGCUGAUGUUGAAGAUAAAAAUGUGGCUAAGGAAAGAAGGGCAGAAAAGAAGAGAAGGAGAAAGGAGAUUGAGAGAAUGGCUAAAGAAGCUGAGGAAGAUGAUGAGGUCCAUACUUAUGUUGUUCUAGGAAAUGAGAAUGAAGAUAACCAAGCUUCCAGUGCAGAGGAAAGUCAGUCAGGUGUGGAAGAUGAUGUUCCUGAUUUGGAUAGAGAUCUCGCAAUAGGAGCUAAGGAAGAGGAGGAACUUGAAGAAAAGCAGAGAAAGAGAAGUGCUGAAGAUGAAGAAAGCGAGGAAGAAGAAAAAGAAGAAGCUGAGCCGCCAUCCAAAAGAGCAAGAAUUCCAAAUGAAGACGAAGAAGAAGACGACGUCAUUGAAAUGGAGAAACCCGAAGGUAUCACAGAUCUUGAGGCACUUAGUGAAAAGCUUAUUAAUGAGUAA